AUGGGCCGGCGCCCCCGCCGCAGCCCAAGAUCCAGGGCACACUACCCCCCACCCCCUCCCCGCCACCACCUCCCCCUCCCCACCACCCACCAACCCCCCAUCCAUCAUCAUUCACCCACUCACCCUCCCAUAGUGCCCCAUGAGGGCACGCCCGGAAGGCCGGGGACACCGGGCCCCCACCACCACCCCCACCCCACCCCCACCCCCCACCCAGAUGCGGGCAGUCAUGCACCCCCAAAGACCAGCAGGCCCCCAGCCAGCAGCCAGCCACAGACCCCUCGCCCACGGGAUACCACCCCCUCCCGCCCCGCCCCGGCGGCAACCAGGAAACGGGGAUCGCAGGACGAGCCAGGAGCAGCCGCCACCAAGACCGGGGCCCACAGCAACCGCAGCCAGAGACCCGCCGACCAAAGAGGCACACAGCCGCCACACACCGAAAGGCGGAAAGGCGAGGGAGGACAGAGGGCAGCAGAAGAGCCCAACCCAGGGUCCACCAUCCCCAGGCCCAUCGCGGCCGCCCCCCAAGGCCCCGAGGGAGGAGGCAACCCCCAGACACCCGGACCCAGGGCCCCGCCCACCCCAGAACACUCCGCCCACCCAGCCCAGGGCCGGCAGCCACCUGCCCAGGCCCCCCAGCAACCCAACCCCACCGCCGCCAGAGAGCCCCAACCGCCGCCCCCACCCCGACCCCAGACUGGACCAAGCACGAAGCCGCCCCCCAGCGCGGGAGCCCAGACCCCCACUCCAAGACAGCACCAAGCACCCAGUCCCCAGGCCCCCCCGCACCGACAUCCGACCGCCAAGGUGGCGAGGCCCCAAUUCACCCCUUACAUUAGGUGA